CACUGUCGGUGGUGGCAGCGCGCGGCAGGGCGAGGGCCAUGCUCCUAGUCUGCCCGCGCUUCUUCCUCCUGGUGGCUCUGGGCACCCACUGGUUGGGCUGGGGCAGCCACCAGGCAGAGGCCGCGCGGCUAAGGCAGUUCUAUGUGGCUGCUCAGGGGAUCCUCUGGAACUACCAUCCUGAGCCCACAGAUCCAAGUUUGAAUUCUAUACCUUCCUUCAAGAAAAUUGUCUACAGAGAGUAUGAGCCACAUUUUAAGAAAGAGAAACCACGAUCUAGCAACUCAGGACUUCUUGGACCUACUUUAUAUGCUGAAGUCGGCGACGUCAUUAAAGUUCACUUUAAAAACAAAGCAGAAAAACCACUAAGUAUCCAUCCUCAAGGAAUUAAAUACAGUAAACUUUCAGAAGGGGCUUCUUACCUCGACCACACAUUCCCUGCUGAGAGGAUGGAUGAUGUCGUGGCUCCUGGAGAAGAAUACACCUAUGAAUGGGUCAUCAGUGAGGACAGCGGGCCCACACCCGAUGACCCACCAUGCCUUACCCACAUCUACUACUCGUACGAAAACCUGACCCAGGAUUUCAACUCAGGCCUGAUUGGGCCUCUGCUUAUCUGCAAGAAAGGCACCCUGACUGAGGAUGGGACUCAGAAGAUGUUUGACAAGCAACAUGUGCUUCUGUUUGCUGUGUUUGAUGAAAGCAAGAGCUGGAGCCAGUCGCCAUCCCUAAUGUACACAGUCAAUGGCUUUGUGAAUAGGACGAUGCCAGAGGUAACAGUCUGUGCCCACGAUCACGUCAGCUGGCAUUUGAUUGGGAUGAGCUCAGCGCCAGAAUUGUUUUCUAUUCACUUCAACGGCCAAGUCCUAGAGGAGAACCAACAUAAGUUGUCCACUGUCACUCUGGUCAGUGCGACAUCUAAGACUGCAAACAUGACCAUGAGCCCAGAAGGAAAAUGGAUUGUUUCUUCUCUCAUCCCAAAGCAUUAUCAAGCUGGGAUGCAGGCUUACAUUGACAUUAAAAACUGCCCAAAGAAAACGAGGAGCCCCAAGACGCUCACUCGAGAGCAGAGACGGCACAUGAAGAGGUGGGAGUACUUCAUCGCUGCAGAGGAGGUCAUUUGGAACUAUGCACCUGUGAUACCCGCAAAUAUGGACAAAAAAUACAGAUCUCUGCACUUGGAUAAUUUCUCCAACCAAAUUGGGAAACAUUACAAGAAAGUUAUUUAUAGGCAAUAUGAAGAAGAGACCUUCACCAAACGCACCGAUAACCCCAGUAUCAAACAAAGUGGGAUUUUGGGCCCUGUUAUUAGAGCCCAGGUCAGGGACACACUCAAGAUCGUGUUCAAAAAUAUGGCCAGCCGACCCUACAGCAUUUACCCUCAUGGGGUGACCUUCUCUCCUUACGAAGAUGGAGUCAAUUCUUCCUCCGCCCCAGGCAAUCACACCAUGAUCAAACCAGUUCAACCAGGGGAAACCUUCACUUACAAAUGGAACAUUCUAGAGUUUGACGAACCCACAGAAAACGAUGCCCAGUGCCUAACAAGACCAUACUAUAGUGAUGUGGACGUUACAAGGGACAUUGCCUCUGGGCUGAUAGGGUUGCUUCUAAUUUGUAAGAGCAGGUCCUUGGACCAGAGAGGCAUACAGAGGGUGGCAGACAUCGAGCAGCAGGUCGUGUUUGCCGUGUUUGAUGAGAACAGGAGCUGGUACAUCGAGGACAACAUCAACAAGUUUUGUGAGAAUCCUGAUGAGGUGAAGCGUGACGACCCCAAGUUUUACGAAUCAAACAUCAUGAGCACUAUCAAUGGCUACGUGCCUGAGAGCAUAUCCACUCUAGGAUUCUGUUUUGAUGACACUGUCCAGUGGCACUUCUGCAGUGUGGGAACUCAUGAUGAUAUUUUGACCAUCCGCUUCACUGGGCACUCGUUCAUCUAUGGGAGGAGGCAUGAGGACACCUUGACCCUGUUCCCCAUGCAUGGUGAAUCUGUGACUGUUACAAUGGAUAACGUUGGAACUUGGAUGUUGACCACCAUGAAUUCCAAUCCAAAACGCAAAAACCUAAGACUGAGAUUCAGGGAUGUUAAGUGUAUCCUUAAUGGUGAUGAUGAAGACUCAUAUGAGAUUUAUGAACCUCUUGCACCUACAUCCAUGACAACUCGGAAAAUUCAUGAAUCUUCGGAAAAUGAAUUUGGCAUAGACAAUGAAGAUUAUGAUUACCAGUCAUUACUGGCGUCAACACUAGGAAUUAGGUCGUACAAAAACUCAUCCUUGAAUCUGGGGGAAGAUGAGUACAAUUUCACUGCUCUUGCUCUAGAGAACAGCUCUGAGUUCAUAUCUCCAAGCACAGACAGAAUUGUUGAUUCAAAAUCUUCAAGAAACCUUAGCAAGAUCACAAAUAAUAACCUCAAAGACUCUCAAAGAGCACUUCCUGGCUCUGGGGCCACCAUGGCUGGUACCCUCCUUGGAAACACCGCUGACUUAGAUGAGAACUCCAUCCUCAACCCUUUUACAGAACAUCGUUCCAGGUCAUAUCAUGAAAAUGAUAAGGAAAAUCCACAGUCAAACAUCACAGUGGUAUACUUACUUCCUCUUGAUUCAAAAGGAUCAGGGAGUCGAGAACAGUCUAAACCUAAAACAAUCAAGACAGGAAGACCCCACAUGAUGAAGCACAGGUUCUCCUGGAUGAAAGCACCAGCUGGUAAAACUGGGAGGCAUUCAAACCCAAAGAAUACUUAUUACAGAGUGAAGUCUGAGGAGGACAUUCCUAACGAUUUGUUACGCUUAAAACAAAAGAUCGCAUCCAAAUUUCUGAACAGACGAUGGCAUGUAGCUUCUGAAAAGGGUAGUUAUGAAAUAAUAUUGACAAACAGUCCUCAAAAUCAGAAUAUCUCAAUGCCUUGGGGAGAUAGCACCUCCCACACAAACACAACAGGAAAGCCAAGUGACCGCCCAACAUUUUCUGGAGUUAGACGUAAAUCAUCACAAGUAAGACAAGAGGAAGAAAACAGUGGCUUUAAGAAAAGACAGUUGCUCAUCAGGACCCGGAAGAAGAAGAAGAAUAGGAAACUUGCACUACACAGUCCUCUAUCUCCAAGGGGCUUUUACCCUCUGAGAGGAGAUGACUAUCUCCCAUUUUCAGACAGGAGACUCCUUAAUCACUCACUGUUACUCCACAAGUCCAAUGAAACUGCUCUUCCCACAGACCUGAAUCAGACCUCUCCUUCAAUAAGUAUUGACAGGUCACUUCAGAACUAUAAUCAGGACCCUUCAAAUGACACUGAGCAGAAGAGCUCUUCUUUAGAUCUCUAUCAGCCCCCAAAGGAACAGACUCCAAUAUUUCCUGCCCAAGAUCCUGAUCAAACACACACUACAACAGAUCCUACCUACAGAUCCUCUCCCCCAGAGCGCAGCCAGGGGCUUGAUUAUGACCUAAGCCAUGAAUUUUACCCUGAUGACAUUGAUCAAACAUCUUUGUUUCCAAACCAAAGUCAAAAGUCACCUCUCUCUUCAGGUGAUGGCCAAGCAAUCCCUUCCUCAGACUUAAGCCUCUUUACCACCUCUCCAGAGUUGGAUGAGACAAUUAUUUACCCAGACCUGGGUCAUUUGUUCCUUUCUCCAGAUAACAACCAGAAGACCUCCUCCCCAGACCUGGGUCAGGUGUCUCUUUUUCCUGAUGACAUCCAGAAGACCUCCUCCCCAGACCUGGAUCAGGUGCCUCUUCUUUCUCCAGAUGACAGCCAGGAGACCUCCUCCCCAGACCUUGGUCAGGUGCCCCUUUCUCCAGAUGACAACCAGAAAACCUCCUCACCAAACCUGGGUCAGGUGUCUCUUUCUCCAGAUGACAUCCAGAAGACCUCUUCCCCAGACCUUGGUCAGGUGCCCCUUUCUCCAGAUGACAACCAGAAAACCUCCUCCCCAGACCUUGGUCAGGUGCCCCUUUCUCCAGAUGACAACCAGAAAACCUCCUCCCCAAACCUGGGUCAGGUGUCUCUUUCUCCAGAUGACAUCCAGAAGACCUCCUCCCCAGACCUUGGUCAGGUGUCUCUUUCUCCAGAUGACAACCAAAAGACUUCCCCAGACCUAGGUCAGGUACCCCUUUCUCUAGAUGACAACCAGGAGGCCUCUUCUCCAGAUCUGGGUCAGGUGCCACUUUUUCCUGAUGACAACCAGAAGACUUACUUCCUAGAUCUGGGUCAGGCACCUCUCUCUUCAGACCAAAACCAGGAGACUUCCUCCACAAACCUUAGCCUACUGACUCUCUCUCCAGAAUUUGGUCAGACAGUCCUUUCCCCAGACUUGGAUCAGAUGCCCCUCUCUUCAGACAACAGUCAGUUGACCCUUUCCCCAGACCUCAGCCUCUUGACCCUCUCACCAGAUUUUAAUGAGAUAAUCCUAUCCCCAGACCUUGGUGAGGUGACCCUCUCUCCAGACCUCAUCCAGACAAACCCUGCUCUUAAUCACAGAUACAAUACAUCCUCUGCAGACUCUGGUCAAGCAUCCAACCCUCCAGAUUCUGGUCAGUCUUCACCUCUUCCAGAACUGAAUCAGACUCUUCCGCAUCCAGAUCUCAUUCACAUACCACCUCCUUUACCAUCUUCCACACUGGAUAACACUUCUUUGUCAAAGAAUGUUAACCCUCUCGUUGUAGUAGGUCUCAGUAGAGUUGAUGGAGACGACGUUGAAAUUUUUCCAAGUGAGGAGCUAGAGAUCGUAGAUGACGAUUAUGCUGAGGAUGACUAUGUAGCCUAUAAUGACCCCUAUAAAACAGACACCAGGACAGAUGUCACCUCCUCCAGAGACCCCGACACUAUUGCAGCAUGCUACCUCCGCGGCCAUGGUGGAAACAAAAAAUUCUACUAUAUUGCUGCUGAAGAAAUAUCCUGGGAUUAUUCAAAAUUUUCACAAAGUGAAAUGGACCAUGAAGACACAGAUCACACUCCAAAGGACACCACAUACAAGAAAGUCAUUUUCAGAAAAUACCUUGAUAGUACUUUCACAAGUCGUGAUCCUCGGGCAGAAUAUGAGGAGCACCUUGGCAUUCUUGGUCCUGUCAUCCGAGCUGAAGUGGACGAUGUGAUACAAGUUCGAUUUAAAAAUUUAGCAUCCAGACCGUAUUCUCUUCAUGCCCAUGGACUUUCCUAUGAAAAGUCCUCAGAGGGAGAGACUUACGAAGAUGAGUCUCCUGAAUGGUUUCAGGAAGAUGACGCUGUCCAGCCCAAUAGCAGUUACACAUAUGUAUGGCAUGCCACUGAGCGCUCGGGGCCAGAGGACCCUGGCUCUGCCUGCCGGGCUUGGGCCUACUAUUCUGCUGUGAAUGUGGAGAGAGACAUCCACUCGGGCUUGAUCGGCCCCCUUCUGAUCUGUCGGAAAGGAACACUUCACAGGGAGAGCAACCUGCCCAUGGACAUGAGAGAGUUUGUCUUACUCUUCAUGGUCUUUGAUGAGAAGAAGAGCUGGUACUAUGAAAAGUCCAAAGGGUCAUGGAGAAUUGAAUCUCCAGAAGAGAAAAAUUCCCACGAGUUUCACGCAAUUAAUGGGAUGAUCUACAACCUGCCCGGCCUGAAAAUGUACGAGCAAGAGUGGGUGAGGCUACACCUGCUGAACGUGGGUGGCUCCCAAGAUAUUCACGUGGUUCACUUUCACGGCCAGACCCUGCUGGAUAAUAGGACCAAACAGCACCAGCUAGGGGUCUGGCCCCUUCUGCCUGGUUCAUUUAAAACUCUUGAAAUGAAGCCAUCCAAGUCUGGCUGGUGGCUCCUAGACACAGAGGUUGGAGAAAACCAGGUAGCCGGCAUGCAAACGCCAUUUCUCAUCAUAGACAAAGAGUGUAAGAUGCCAAUGGGACUAAGCACUGGUGUCAUCUCUGAUUCACAGAUCAAGGCUUCGGAAUAUCUGACUCAUUGGGAGCCCAGGUUAGCACGAUUAAACAAUGGUGGUUCAUACAAUGCUUGGAGUAUAGAAAAAACUGCAUUAGAUUUCCCCAUUAAACCUUGGAUCCAGGUGGACAUGCAGAGGGAAGUUGUAGUCACCGGAAUACAAACCCAAGGUGCUAAACACUACCUAAAGUCUUGCUUUACCACGGAGUUCCAAGUGGCUUACAGCUCUGACCAAACCAACUGGCAGAUCUUCAGAGGGAACAGCACGAAGAGCGUAAUGUAUUUUGAUGGCAACUCAGAUGCCUCUACAAUAAAAGAGAAUCGACUUGACCCACCUAUUGUGGCUAGAUACAUUAGGAUACAUCCAACAAAAUCCUAUAACAGACCCACCCUUCGGUUGGAGCUGCAGGGCUGUGAGGUGAACGGAUGUUCCACACCACUGGGCCUGGAAGAUGGAAGGAUUCAAAACAAGCAAAUUACUGCAUCUUCAUUUAAGAAGUCAUGGUGGGGAGACUACUGGGAGCCUUCCCUUGCCCGCCUGAAUGCCCAGGGCCGUGUGAAUGCCUGGCAAGCCAAGGCAAACAACAACAAGCAGUGGUUACAAGUCGAUCUGCUCAAAAUCAAGAAGGUAACAGCCAUCAUAACACAGGGUUGUAAGUCUCUGUCCUCUGAGAUGUACGUGAAGAGUUACACCAUCCAGUACAGUGAUCAGGGUGUGACGUGGAAAUCUUACCGGCAGAAGUCCUCCAUGGUGGACAAGAUUUUUGAAGGAAAUAGCAAUAUCAAAGGGCAUGUGAAGAACUUUUUCAACCCACCUAUCAUAUCCCGAUUCAUCCGCAUCAUUCCUAAAACAUGGAACCAAAGCAUUGCACUUCGUCUGGAGCUCUUUGGCUGUGACAUCUAUUAGAAUUAAAGUCUAAAAAGAAAAAUAACAAAUAAAAGCUGAAGAAACUCCUUCAGGCCUAGACCAUUCAGAGCAGGCAAUAUAGUAUGGAUAUUUUAAAUGUUAACAAGCGUUCUGCUAUUUUUUUCCUAAUAGAGAAUAAUGAGAAGCUUUUACAGUGUUCCUUCAUCGCUGUCAUUAAGUGAGACGGCGACUAUUAUUUCUUCACUGGUUUGAAUAUAAAUGGGAAAUAUUAAGACCAGGCAAGAAUAAGACUGUCUUUCACUCUGAUUAAAGACGCUAUAUAAUGUAAUAGUUAUAUAAUGGAAUGAUAUGAGUCACUGUGGCUCUUUCAAAUCCUGUAGACAUUAACAAAAGAGAUAAUACUUUUGGAAACUUUUCAUGGACCUAGAAAACCGUUAUUUCUAUAUUUUUCUUUUAAAAGCAAACUGUAAUUUGUAAACAGUGGAAACAAAGUAGUUGAGGUUUUUUUUUUAUAAUAGGAAAAAAAUAUUUUGUUGUAAUUGAGUGAGAACUUAAAAUACCCAGUGUUGGUCUAGCUCAGUGGGCAAAAGCGCUUGCUGCCAAAACAAAGGAACAAGAGCAACACAAAACAAAAACAAAACAAACCCGGAUGGCCCAAGUUCAAGUCCUGGAGCCCACAGUGAGAGGAGAGAACGUAUGCCAGAAAGCUGUCCUCUGGCGUCUGCAUGCAGGGCUGUGGCACAUGUGUGUGCCCACGCCCACGUACAAGCAAAUAAAAGACUUUCAAAGCUUGUC